AACCAGAAAAUAAUCUAGAGUCCAAACGGGGGUGAAAAAUGGCUUCUAAGAGGCAGAUUGCUUUGCUUUGUACGUUGUCUUGUAGUAUUGCAUUCAUCACUCGUGGAGCAGAAGGACGGAAUGGUGCUGAGCCAGAAGUGACUAUUGCGCUUGGACGGCUCAAAGGGAGACAAACAAAUGUGAAGGGGACAGACAGACUUGUAAAUGUUUUCCUUGGGAUUCCUUUUGCAAAAGCCCCUAUUGGAUCCCUGAGGUUUUCCCCACCUGAACCACCCGAACCCUGGAAUGAUGUGAGAGAUGCAACUUCUUACCCACCACUAUGUCCUCAAGAUCUGUCCAUGUUGAAAAUAGCUGAAAAAAACUUUAAAGAAAAACACCUCUCAUUCCGAACUUCUGAGGACUGCUUGUAUCUAAAUGUUUACAGCCCUGAUGGUUCAAACAAGGACAAGUUACCUGUAAUGGUGUGGAUCCAUGGAGGCAAUUUUAUAUUUGGUGGUGCUUCUAGGUACGAUGGUUCUGCACUAUCAGCCUAUGAGAACGUUGUGGUAGUAAUAAUUCAGUACAGACUUGGACUCCUUGGAUUCUUCAAUACUGGUGAUGAACACGCACGUGGGAACUGGGCAUUUUUGGAUCAAGUAGCAGCUCUUCGAUGGAUCCAAGAAAAUAUUGAACACUUUGGUGGAGAUCCAGGAUCUGUCACACUCUUUGGUGUAUCUGCAGGAUCUUGCUCUGUUUUUGCACAUGUUUUAUCUCCUUUGUCGAAGGGUCUCUUUCAUAAAGCAAUAUCAGAGAGUGGAAUUCUAAUCCCCCCUGAUAAAGAUUUACUUCGUUCAACAGAUCUUAAGAAAAUUGCAAGUAUAUUUAAGUGUGAGACGAGCAGUUCACUCUCACUGAUAAACUGCUUAAGGAACCAGGAAGCAAAUGAUAUAGUCUUUAACAGUACGGAAAUCCCAUUUCUACCCUUAGUUUUGGAUGGAGUAUUUCUUCAUAAGUCACCUGAAGAGAUAUUGGUUGGAAAAGAGUUUAAUGCAGUCCCGUUUAUGAUAGGAGUCACCAACAAUGAAUUUGGCUGGAAUAUUAGAUCUACAUCAAAAAUACCAGGUUUGAAGGAAAUAGGAGAUAAAAAAUCAAUUACUUCAACUUUAGAGUUUUUACUACCAAUGAUGUAUGUACCAUCAGAGUUUCUGCCUGCAAUAGUGGAUGAGUAUCUAGGAAACACAGAUGAUCCUGCUGAGCUACGGGACCGAUUUUUGGAUUUCCUAGGGGAUGUAGGAAUUGUUAUGCCAUCCAUUAAAGCAUUGAAUUAUCACAGGGAGUCUGGAGCUCCUGUCUACUUCUUUGAAUAUCAGCAUCGGCCCACUUCAUACUGGGAUAAUAAACCAGAGUAUGUGAAAGCUGAUCAUGGAGAUGAAGUUGGCUUUGUCUUUGGAGGACCAUAUCUGGCCGGUGAUAUUCAGCUACGUAGUGAAGUUACAGAGGAAGAAAAGAACCUUAGUAGAAUUCUAAUGAAGUACUGGACUAACUUUGCUCGAAAUGGAAAUCCUAAUGGAGAAGGUUUGGUUGAAUGGCCAUCUUACAACCUAAAUGAAGAAUACUUACAGAUAAAUCUAAAACAAAAGAAAGCCAGAAAGUUGAAAGAAAAGAAGGUAGAUUUCUGGCAAAAGGUGAUGUUUGAAAAGACAAAUAACAAAAGAACAGAAAACAAGAAGGUUAAUUCAGAGUUAUAAUUUACAAUCUAAGCAUGCACAUAAUAUGCAAACUAUUAGGAUAGUAAAAUAAAUUACUUAAAGUAAUUUUGAGGAUAAACUUAUGUUUCCUUUCACCUUUUCUUCACAGUUGUCAUAUUUGCAAUUAUUCACUGUAAUAAUUCCAAUUGAUCUAUUUCUCCAUUGUGAUCAUUUACUUUUUCCUGGAUUUGUGUCUACAACGGAAGCCUCACUUACUAAAUAUAGGUACCAGAUUUCCCCACUGCUCAGGUUUUUCUGUUGCUUCCCCAUGACUGAAGACAGAAUGUGGCAGCAACAUUGUUUUAAUAAAGUGAAAUCAAUAAAGACACAAUU